CUACUUGAAGUAAAUUCUAAAAUUGGAAGACGAAACUAUUCAUCGUUGAUUCGAUGGUUGGAUUUCUGUGCCGGGAACUUCAUAAAUUAGAUAUCUUUCAUUGAUAUUGAUUAUUUUUGUGCUAACAAUCUAUUACUUUCGUCAUAACAAUGGAUUAAUUAAGAUUAAAUAAGUGGGAUAAUAUCCCCAUAUGUUGACUUGUGUUAUUCUAUAAAUUAAUUAUUUGAUCAUACAUAUGCCUGGAAUUGUAAUGGACAGAAAUACUGGAUCUACCAUUGGUACUACACCACAUGGCCGAUGGAUUGAUCAACAACAAUAUCUUGUUGAAACAUAUCGUCAAAUUCGUACAAAUUUAGGUCAAUUAGAAGCUGAAAUAGAAGCUGCACGAUUAAGAGUCACUGAUUGGACACGACUAAGACGACAUCCAAGCCGUAGUCGUAGUCUUAGUCAUGCUAGUGUUUCAACUACUGCAAGCAGUUUAUUAAGUUGUAGUACAUUUGAAAGUGGUACAACAGAUGCUUCAUUUUUAAAUGUUACAACAGAUGGUACUACUGGUUCAUCAUGUCAUUCAUCAUGUUCAUCAACAUGUGGUAUACAAUUACCUUCAGAAAUAGCAGCUAAAUUAAGUGCAGCAACAUUAAUUUCAGCAUUUUUAGCUGCAAGUCAUGAUUUUACACAAGAUAAAAUACAAGAUUCAACUAUUAUAGAUCAUUUAGAAAAACCUAUUAGAGCUCGUACACCAGAUCAAUUUAUAUCAUCUAAUAGAUCACGUUCAAAUAGAUCUAUUUCACCUUCAUCUCAAUGAAACAAUGAAAUAUACAUGAGUUAAUAUAUAUAUAUAUACUCAGGGUAUUGGGUAUUCAUAUAUUGGGAACCUAAAACAAAACAUACCCCUAACAUAAAUCUAAAUUCAUUUCGUGAUUGAUUUUCAUAACGUACUGGAUCCAAUGAUACAUAUUCCAUUUCCAUCAUGUAUACAAAGAACAGAUUCAUAACAUCUUUUUACCUACUCUACUUUAUUAUACUCAUAUAUGUAAC